CCGCGCUGUACUUGGGCUUGUGCGGCUUCGGCAAGAAGGUUUCCUGGCCUGUUGCAGCCAUGGUCCGUUGCAGUUGCGUGUUGUUCAGAAAGUAUGGAAAUUUCAUCGAUAACCUAAGACUCUUCACCAAGGGAGGACCCGGUGGAAUGGGUUAUCCUCGUUUAGGUGGAGAAGGUGGAAAAGGUGGUGACGUCUGGGUUGUAGCCCGGAACAGAAUGACUUUAAAACAACUUAAAGACAAGUAUCCUCAGAAACGGUUUGUGGCUGGAGUAGGAGCAAACAGCAGAGUUAGUGCACUGAAAGGCUCCAAAGGAGAAGACUGUGAAAUCCCUGUGCCUGUGGGUAUUUCAGUAACUGAUGAAAACGGUAAAAUUAUAGGAGAACUCAAUAAGGAGAAUGACAGAAUUUUGGUAGCUGAAGGAGGUCUUGGUGGUAAAUUACUUACAAAUUUCUUACCAUUGAAAGGCCAGAGACGAAUAAUUCACCUUGAUCUAAAAGUUAUAGCUGAUGUAGGCCUAGUAGGAUUUCCAAAUGCUGGAAAAUCCUCUUUGCUAAGUUGUGUUUCUCAUGCAAAACCUGCGAUCGCAGAUUACGCAUUUACAACAUUAAAGCCUGAACUUGGAAAGAUUAUGUACCGUGAUUUCAAACAGAUAUCAGUAGCUGAUCUUCCGGGUUUAAUAGAAGGAGCACAUAUGAACAAAGGAAUGGGCCACAAAUUCCUCAAGCAUAUAGAAAGAACUAGACAACUACUUUUUGUUGUUGAUAUUUCUGGAUUUCAGCUUUCUUCUCACACUCAAUACAGAACUGCUUUUGAAACCAUAAUACUGCUUACAAAAGAGUUGGAAUUGUACAAAGAGGAACUUCAGACAAAACCUGCACUCUUGGCAGUUAAUAAAAUGGACUUGCCAGGUGCCCAAGAUAAGUUCCAUGAAUUGAUGAACCAGCUCCAGAAUCCUAAAGAUUUUCUGCAUUUAUUUGGAAAAAACAUGACUCCAGAGAGGACUGUAGAGUUCCAACAUAUCAUCCCCAUAUCUGCAGUUACUGGAGAAGGAAUCGAAGAAUUAAAGAACUGUAUAAGAAAAUCACUGGAUGAACAGGCCAACCAGGAAAAUGAUGCACAUCAUAAGAAACAAUUGCUUAAUUUGUGGAUUUCUGAUACAGUGUCUUCUAGUGAGCCACCAUCAAAGCAUGCUGUUACUACUUCCAAAAUGGAUAUAAUUUAAAUAUAUUAAAAAUGGUAUUAAUGGAAUAGUA